GCUGAUCAGCAUUUAAUAUCAGCUUUUGUUGUAAACCUUGUAAGUUGUUUAAGCUACAUUAAAUAAUCAUUUACGCUAUAAACUGUCUGAGCUAACCUGAAAUCUAACAGAGCUAUAGUUAAAAUCUUUUAAGAUCACUUGCUGGAGAUUCACGACGUGACCUGCCUGGUAAAGUUUAUAGCCCUGUAAGCCUUUGUAGGCUUUUAAUCCAUCGUGAUCGUAGACUGGCUUCAUAAUCAUAUAGUUGUACAAAUCUGCGUACGUAGACGUUGGAGCAUUUCAAAAAUCCUUCGACCAUCCCUGUUUGAUCGACGAUACCAGCGACAGACGGCCCUGAUCUGGCAUAUCGUGUUUAGACAGAAUAAGCUUUGACGUAUCUUCGCUGUCCGCAGAAAUUUCUUGCAGUCGUAAUUUCCAGGUUUGGAAUGCGAGAUUUGAGAGUUGCUCCUUGUUGUACGCUUUGCCCAGACCACUUGUUUGGACGCCAUGUAGCACUAAAUAUUUUAUUAAAACGACUCCUUUCUGCCGGCUAAAGUAAUUCCUAUCGAUUUCCUUGGACGAUUUUUCUUCGAAAUUUCGCAUAAAAAUGUCAAAGCCAUCGUCAGAAGCAGUAUCGGGAGUCUGUAAAGAAGAACACGAGGCCGCCAUGUUUUUCUAGCCCGACUUUGCCUCGACUUCGCGUUCGUCUGCAGUAUUGUAUUCAGCGGUGUUUCAAACCGCGAAAAGAGCUAUUCCACGAAUCACUGUACUUGCACUACAGCAGUGGCUCAUUAUGACAAGCAUUUUUUUGGGCCUCUUGAGACGCUGAAGAAACACUUGUAACUCAUCCACCUUCCUUCCUCGUGAUCGAAACUCGCUAAUAUUUGACAUCGUUCACUGUGCCGGGUUAGUAAAAUGAAUAUUUGAAUGAUGAAUAUUUUCGAGGAUUUUUUUUAUCAAAUGUAGGUGAAAGGUAGCAUGCUUGAUCUGAAGCUGCUACGAGGCCACCAGAAAGAAGACAACAUGAUAACAGCAGCAGCAGGAGAACCAGUGUGUAGGUUUGUUAAUGUACAGCUGUGUGGAGGAGCUGCAGACCUCAAAGGAACUGUUCUUCUUGAGAAUCCUCAGGGGACUUCAGUUAUUACACUUGAUCAACUUAAACGACAGGUAGCCAUGAUGUUUGAUCAACAGGAGAGCAUGUUAAAACUGUCUGUGUCAGCAACGUGUGACUCAGGUCAGCCUAGGAUUAAGUCUAACUUUAUACAAACUAUGCAUACCUACUUUCUUGGCACAUACCAUUCUCAGUUUUGUCCACGGACCAUUCUUUCUAUCCAUACAAGUUAUUGAACUGACAAAUUGACACCUCUUUCUUUUAUUUUUUUUUUCUUGCAGUUCUCACCGCCCAAGACUUGUCCAAGUUACACGGCUGUCAGUUGUACGCUUUCGUUAAGAGCUAACGUCUCAAAACCUGUUGGCAAUGUGGCUGCUUAAUUAAUUAAACAGCCGUUGUGCAUUUAGGCAGCAUCCAC